UCUUGCAAAGUCAGUCUUCAGUCAUGACUUCUUCCACUGCAGUUCGAGUGUGCGCUCUGCUUCUCGUCGUGUUCAUGGUGGAAAACUCGUGGGCUUAUGGCUUAUAUCCAGGGUUAGAAAAGAAAGGUUUCUGUCCUCUGUUCCCAGCGCCUCCUCCUUCCAGUGGCCUCUCCCAACACAACCCGGAUGGAUUUGAAGGAUGUAAGGGUGAUUUUGAGUGCGAAGGUAAUCUCAAAUGUUGUACGGCUGGAAUCUGCUGUUUCAGAUUUUGUACUGAGCCGCUGGAUAGACCCAUGUCAGGAUGAUUCAUAGACCAUACUAUGUGUUUGCAAUUAUGAAGUUGCAAUAAACAGUUCAUACUAC